ACUCAACAUCACGUCCACCCUUCCAACACAUGUAUCCAAGUCAAUGAAGCCCAAAAAUCACUUGGAGACUAAUACCUAAAAAUCACUCGGUCUCACUUUCAAUAUCCACCCUCUUCAAAAACCAUGUCUCCUCUCAUUCUCUACUCGUCCAUAUUAGCCAUUCUCAUCUAUUGCCUCUUAAAAUUGCUCAACCGUACCAAACACCGCCUCCCUCCGGGCCCAAGACCAUGGCCCAUUGUCGGUAACCUCCCGCAUUUGGGCCCAAAGCCACACCAGGCCAUGGCGGGCUUGGCGAAGACUUAUGGGCCUCUUAUGCACCUCAAGAUGGGAUUUGGCGAUGUGGUGGUGGCUGCAUCGGCGUCCGUGGCGGCCCAAUUCUUGAAGACCCAUGAUGCCAAUUUCUCUAGCCGGCCACCCAACUCCGGUGGCAAAUACAUCGCUUAUAAUUACCAGGACAUGGUGUUUGCGCCGUAUGGCCCUCGAUGGCGUAUGUUGAGGAAGAUCACGUCCGUCCAUCUCUUCUCCGGCAAAGCAUUGGAUGAUUUUCGACAUGUUCGUCAGGAGGAGGUAGCAGUUUUGACGCGCGCCAUCGCGAGUGCAAGCACGAAGCCAGUGAAUUUAGGACAGCUAUUAAACAUAUGCAUCGCGAAUGCACUAGGGCGGGUGAUGAUAGGGCGAAGGGUGUUUGGUGAUGGUAGCGAUCCAAAGGCGAAUGACUUCAGAUCAAUGGUGGUGGAGCUGAUGGUGUUAGCAGGAGAAUUCAACUUGAGUGACUUUAUCCCUGCCUUAGAUUGGCUAGACUUACAGGGGAUAGCAGGGAAGAUGAAGAAAUUACACAAGAGAUUUGAUGCCUUUUUGAGUGGCAUCUUGGAGGAACACAAGAGUUACAGCGCAAAGCAAGCCGACUUUUUGAGUACGUUGAUUUCUUUAAAAGAAAAUGUUGACGGUGAGGGCGGAAAGCUCACAGACAUUGAAAUUAAAGCACUACUUCUGAAUAUGUUCUCAGCUGGCACUGACACGACAUCGAGUACGGUGGAAUGGGCCAUAGCUGAACUAAUAAGGCAGCCCAAUAUUCUGGCCCAAGCCCAAAGAGAGCUCGAUGAAGUUGUGGGUCGAGACCGGCUAGUCUCCGAACUGGACCUCCCAAAGCUCACUUACCUACAAGCAGUGGUGAAGGAAACCUUCCGGCUCCACCCAUCGACUCCUCUCUCUUUGCCACGCAUCGCCGCCGAAAGCUGUGAGAUCAACGGGUAUUACAUUCCAAAGGGUUCAACUCUUCUUGUUAAUGUAUGGGCAAUUGCGCGUGACCCAAAUGUAUGGGCCAGCCCACUGGAGUUUCAGCCCAAAAGGUUCCUAGAGGGCGGUGAGAUGGUCCAUGUAGAUGUCAAGGGGAAUGACUUUGAGGUCAUACCAUUUGGGGCUGGGCGAAGAAUUUGUGCAGGAAUGAGUAUUGGGCUGAGGAUGGUCCAUCUUCUAGCUGCAACCUUGGUCCAUGCAUUUGAUUGGGCUUUGCCAGAUGGAAUUAAGCCUGAUGAGUUGAACAUGGAGGAAGCAUAUGGGCUGACCUUACAACGGGCCGAGGCUCUGAUGGUGCAACCUAGGCCCAGGCUCUCUCCGUCUGUCUAUCAAGUCUGAAGUUGGAUUGGAUGUAGUAAUAUGAGCAUAUAUGAUACAGGAGUGGUGGCAGAUGACAGCAUUAUAUUUGACUCUAUAAAUGUUUAAUUGCAUUAUAUUAAA